AUGAUUCUGUUGAACGUUUUCAGCGUGCUGUUUCUGCUGGGGUGUGUUUGUGUGGUGUGUGUGUGUGGACAUGGAUGGAGGGAGUCCCUGGAGUGUGUGCGGGCAUUAGAGCUGUGUAACGGGGACAGCCAGUGCAGCUCCAGCUACAGGAUUAUGCGUCAGUGCCUGUCAGGCGGGGCGCGGGAUCGCCAGACCAUGCUGGCUAGCAGGGAGUGCCAGGGUGCCAUAGAGGUCCUACAGGAUUCGUCGCUCUACAACUGUCGCUGUAAGAGAGGCAUGAAGAAAGAACUACAGUGUCUGCAGAACUACUGGAGUAUACACCAGGGCCUGACAGAAACCGGGGAGGACUUCUAUGAGCUGUCGCCCUAUGAGCUCCACGAAGAAGAGUUAAGACACGCCUCCAUCAUCUCAGACUCCUCUCUGUCCAAGGCAAACCCAUGCUCAGAGCCAGGAAAACCGUGUAACCCAUGCCUUGACGCAGCCAAGGCCUGUAACCUCAACGAAACCUGCAAGAGACAACGCUCCAAUUACAUCGCUAUCUGCAACAAACCUCCUCAGCCCUCACAGGCCAACCAGGAGCCUUGCAGCCGCAAACGAUGUCACAAGGCGCUGCGUCAGUUUUUUGAGCGUGUGUCAUGGGAGCUGAGUUACCCCCUUUUGUUCUGCUCAUGUCCUGACCAGGCCUGUGCAGAGAGACGUAGACAGACCAUCGUACCUGCCUGCUCCCACCAGGAGAAACACAGACCCUCCUGUCUAGAGCUACGGCGCAACUGCCGCUCCGACGCACUCUGCAGGUCAAGACUGGCUGAUUUCCAUACCACCUGUCAGAUGACUGGUCACUCCAUCAACAGCUGUCCCCAUGAUAACUACCACGGCUGCCUAAUGGCCUAUGUAGGCCUCAUUGGGUCUGAUGUGACUCCUAACUACAUGGACAGCAGUCCCAGUAACAGCACCAUCUCUCCCUGGUGCUCCUGCAGAGGGACUGGCAACCAGGAACAGGAGUGUGACGCCUUCCUCAGAGACUUCACACACAACACCUGUCUCAAGAAUUCCAUCCAGGCGUUUGGCUAUGGAUCAGAGGGGAGUGUACUUCCCGUCACGGAGUCUUUGGCCACGCCCUUUCCUCCCAUACAGCCACCCCUCAACUCUAAGCCCGCUCCUUCUCUCCAAGCCAAUGACAUCAAGCCUCUGGAUAGCGCUUGUGUUUUCUCAACCUGUGCCAACCUUAAGGAUGGAGGACAAAAGUGCAUUCCUUCCAAUGACUUCGAGUGUGAAGAGGCAUUAUUGGCCCAGGGUUCAAUGGACUCUGAGGGGGAGGAGGAGAAAGCCCAGAGGUCUGCAGCAGCCUCUGGACCCCUGGGUGUGAGAGGGUGUGUGAGUGUGUAUGUGACCAUGCUGGGGCUUCUGCUCCAGGCUCUGUAG